AGCUUAAAGAUAACUUUAACUGCCUGUGGCUUUCUAUCUAGCAGUUAGAAAUACUGUAGGAUGUUCCUGACUCACUGUAUGAUAGGAUGGAUUGUGUUGAUAGCUCUCAGCCUCUGCCUGCCCGUGUGGAAUGCUACAAAGGUGACCCAGACCUACAGAGUGGUGAGCACCAGCGGUGUGGCACAGAUUCAGUGCGUCAUCCAUCCCCAAAGCCUGAAAUACCAAUACCCUGAGGAGGCCAGAGUCACUGUGCUGAAGGGGCUCCAUGGCAACCAGGAACUCUGCUCAUCCAUCCUCAACUUUACAGACCACAGGGAGACACGUAUGGUGCAAAAGGGAGAGGUGCAGUGUACUGCUGAGACCACACGUGACACUGUAGAGGUGACUCUCUCUGGACUGAAUGCCACUGACACAGAUAUGUAUCGCUGUGAGAUUCAGAUCUUCUACCCACCACCAUACCUGCGGCUUACUGGCAACGGCACACUCAUUCAUGUCCUAGAUAGUGUUAGCUGCCCUGUACAAGAAACUCAGAGACAAAUUCACCACCAGGGUGAAGAAGAGGAAGAUGAUGAAGAGGCUGAUAACAUGGCACCAGUCAGCGUUCCUGUGGUUGUUCUGGUGAUAGCGAUCAUUUGUGUCUUAAGCAUCAUCAUCUACUUCCAGACUGUCCAGUGUGAACGAGGGAAGAGAGAAAUUUUUAGACUGGGGCCUGGCAUGCUUCAUAAGGUGGAUGAUGCUUCAUUUCCAUGUGAAAACAUUGUUUGUAAUAUGUGAACACAUAUCUGAAAUUUGAUCUUGGAGCAGAUUUUCUUUUUUCUUCUGGCCUAGAAGCAUUAGCGUGAUACUGACUGAUUCUAUACAGUGGGUGGGUUAAUUGUCACCUCUAUUAUGAUUGAGGAAAAACACCAAAAUACCAUUUUGCUGUCUGUAUAUAUUUUACUUAUUAAGUAAAUAAAUAAUGUUUACAUUCUUGUAAACUCAAAUUACAGUAAAAAGCUGUAGCUUUGAUUAAGUUUCCUUUUCUAUUGAGUUUAGAUGUAAAACACCUGCAUUGUGCACAGCUUGAAUGGAAGAUACAGUAAAUGCAAUGCUUGGAAUAAUUAAGGUGUUGUCUGUGAGUGCGUAGAUAGCUUAUUAGCUUAUCUUAUUUUUGCAACUAUUGAGGUUGUUGCAAUGGAAAGCAAAUAUUCAUGUAUUCAUGUUGGAUAUUAAGGAAAAAUAAAGUUUUUUAACUUUAA